AUUGACAUUUGUCAUUAUGGUUUUAAUACAAUAUAUUUUACCUUAUACCAGAGCUUUUAAUAAGAGAAUUUAAUAUUAAUUAUACAAAUCAAAUAUGAAUAUUAUGCAUAAUCCACUCGAACCGCCCUCAGAAUAUUUGUGGGCACUCAAAUCAUCUAUUAUUCAAAGUGCAGAAGCAGAAGAGUUUAGGAAAAGGAGACUUAAGCCCAUAGUAACAACUACAAGAAGAUGUGAAAGUGAUGGAGAUCAAUAUGUUGAAAAGCAUGUGAGGAUUAUGGCAUCAUUGGUCCCAGACGAAAUCAUAUAUAAUAUUGGAGAUUAUUCUAUGAAAGAUUUAGACGCCUGUUUACUAUUUGGUGAUGUUUCCGGGUUUACCGAUCUUUGCGAAAAGUAUAACACGACUGGCAGAGGUGGGCCCUCACGUUUGACCCAAGUUCUAAAUUCAUAUAUUGGAGCAAUGGUUCAAGAAAUUUUGUCCCAUAGCGGCGACGUUUUAAAGUUUUCUGGGGAUGCUUUUAUAGCCAUGUGGAAAGAAACAGAACAUCUAUCUUUGCGAGAUGCAGUGCACGAAGCAUUGGAUUGUGCUUUGGUUAUACAAAAGACUUAUGGAACUUAUCAAACAGAUGUUGACGUUGUCGUUAAAGUGAAACUGGCGGUAUCAUGUGGCCAUUUAUUAUUUUCUAUAGUCGGAGAUGAAGACAAUUCACAUUAUCUUACAGUGGGACAACCCAUAGAUGAUAUUAAAGCAGCUGAAUCGAAAAGUUCUGCAGGUGAAAUAGUUAUUAGCGCUAGAGUUAUCCAUCAUAUAACUGCAAAUGAAUAUUUAAUAGAUUUAUUACCAGAUGGAAUACACGCCAGAGUUUUAGGAGUUGGUCCAAAUUGGAGAAAUAUUCAAAGACACUACGAAAAGAGUGACUUCGUUGAAAUAUACAGCCUUCUAAGCGAUCUUCCGGAUGAUUUAGCUGAUGAUGUUGAUCGUUUAACUAACAUUUCUGAUGAAAAAAGUAGUAUGGGACCUGAAGAACCAACUCAAGCGUUAAACGCUCCCACGGAUCAAUAUGCUUUAAGACCGGCAGUAAAUUUAGCUGUUAGACUUAAUAUAAUGAAUGAAUUAAGACGGUUUAUUAUUGCUCCUGUCAUGAACGGGAUCGAUGCUGAAGAACCAAUUGAAUAUAUGACAGAAAUAAGACAAGUCUGUAUACUAUUUAUUAACAUAAAAGUAAAUGAAAAUAUUUCUUCUACUCAAGGAACAGAACUUGCAAAUAAAGUUUAUAUCUUGGUGUGCAAUUCUGUCAAAAGUGGGAAUGGUUGCGUAAAUAAAAUAAGUAACUUUGAUAAGGAUCUUAUGCUUUUGGUUAUUUUUGGACUACGAGGAUUUAAGCAUGAACUGGAAAGUCAAUUGGCUUUAAAAUGUGCCAUAGAAUGUCAUAAUAAGUUAAUAACCCUUGAUGAUAUUAUGGGAGUAGCUGCAGGAGUUACUACCGGAAAGUGCUACUGUGGAGCCUUUGGUCAUGCUUUAAGGCGUGAAUACACUGUAAUCGGAUUAGUAGUAAACAAAGCAGCAAGACUAAUGGUUGCUUAUCCUGGUAAAGUUACUUGUGACAGGGAAACAUUUCUACACAGUAAACUCGAAUCAAAAAAUUUUAUUUUACAAGAAUAUAAAUUCCUUAAAGGCAUUGUUAAUCCAGGAGCUAUUUAUGAAUUUCAAGGAAUUCAAAUAUUUCAGGUUGAUGCACCAUUAGAAGAUCUAGGUCCACUAUUAGGAAGGGAUCAAGAAAUUUAUUUAUAUACUAGUUUGCUACAUAAAGCUAGAAAAAAUUGGGAAGACAAACGAGAUGACGCAACUAUUAUAAAUGUGUUAGUUUUCGAAGGAGUAUUCAGAGUUGGCAAAACUCGAGUACUUCAAGAAAUUAUGUUUAUUACAAAAGUUCCUGUUCAAAAGUUUGUAUUAUCUACCUUUGUUAUAGAUGUUCCUUACAAGACAAUUCAGUUAAUUUUUUAUCGAUUUCUCAACAUUGCUGACGAUGAAAUGCAUAAACAGAAAGAGGAGAAAAUAAAAAUUCAUAUAACUGAUCCAGCACUACAACCAUAUCUUUGUGUUUUAAAUAUUGUGUUCGAUGUAACAUUUCCCCAUACUUUUGAAUAUGAGAUUUUAACUGAGAAAAAUAAAUAUCAACAAUUGCAAGCUGUAUUUAGGGCAUUAUGUAAGCAGAUCUUACAAAAAUUUCAAGUUCUGAUUAUUGAUAAUUCAGAAUGCAUUGAUGAGGAAUCUUGGUUACUUCUAGAGGUACUAAUAAGUAUUAAUACUGUAUUUAUUGUUGUAACUUUGGAAACUGAAACGGCCGUAUCCCCAGUAGCCUUACAGAUUUUUCAAAAUCCCAAAGUAAAAAUAAUUAUAUUAAAUCCUAUAGAAAAAUGGUAUCAUAUAGGAUUAGCAUGCCAAAUGUUAAAAGUAGAUGGAAUACCUCCUGAGCUUGAAAAGACAAUCCAGUUGAAAAGUAGUGGUAAUCCAGGAUGGAUAGAGAGCUUUUUAGUUAGUUUGAUGCAAUCAGGUGGUUUAUCAGUCAAAAAGAUUUCAAGAACUCAAGCUUAUAAUCGCGGCAUUGUAAUUGCCCCCUUAUAUAUGACGAAGAGGUUGACCGCAGGGGAAAAAUCUCGUUGGGUAGAGAUUAUGGAGGAAAAAGAACUAGGUGCAAAAGAUGACAAAAUGACCACAAGAUGGAAAAUGUUUCUAGAUAGUUGCCGUGAAAGUUUUCCAGACUUAACAGCAGUUAGUGAAAAAAUCAAACAGGAUAAACUACGCAUAGGAAUCGUUCGCAAAACAUUUAAUUUGGAAGAUGUUGAUCCUGAGCUGGCAAUAGAUGUAAUCAUUUUAAAAACUUUCGACGCUUUAACGUCUUAUGAACAACUUUUACUAAAGUGUAGUGCAGUGUUGGGUGAUACAUUUCCCAUGGAUAUGUUACUUUAUAUAAUGUCUUCAUCGGCAAUACGAACUACGGCUUUAGCUGUAAAGAAACUAUUUGAAAUUCAUGUUCUCAGCUGUGCCAAAGGUGAUUUUAUUGAAGGUGGUCUUGAUUUUAAAGAAAGACUGAAAGACCCUAAUGCUGAUAUGGAAGUUCAAUGCGACUGCAAAGGGUUAAUAAUUGAUGAAGCAUGCAGAGAUCUACCAAAAUAUGCUUCCUGUGGCUAUCUUAGAUUUCGUUCAUCUGAAUUUAGAGAGACUACAUACAAUUUAUUAACAGAUAACCAAAAGAGAGAAUUCCAUGAAAGAGCUAUACGAUAUUUAGAAAAAGAAACAAGAAGGUGCAGAUCAUGUGGAAAUGGAUAUUUUAACAGACAGAUAGGUGGUACGAGGGUAGAUCACACUUUAAGAAUUAUCUCAAAAAAGGAAAAGAAAUUUUUGGUUUCUGAAACGCCCAGCAUAAUUGAUUCUUUUGGUGUAGCUAAAAUACUUCAGAGUUCCUCGUUUACAACGUUGGAGAGCUUAACUUCUGGAAAGUCAAGAGAUAUUGGAAGGUCACACAAAGAUACCCUAUCUUUUUAUUCUAGUGUUUCAAGUGGCCAUGAUAUUACAAGUCUCGAGUCACAAUUAUUUGGGAUAAAAAUAAAUGAAACAGGAUUAUCGAUGGUUAAACGAUGGAAAGAUAAUUUCUACUUAAUGCGUACAUUUUCUACAACAAAUUAUUCAAAAUGUACCUGUCAUCUAGUUUUGUGCACAAUGUAUUCCCAAUUAAUCUAUCAUUGCAAAGGUUCAGGAUUGGCUGACAAAAAUUUAAGCGCUACUGUAGAAUACGCAUAUGUCUGUAUUCAAAAUCAAAAUAUAGCUCAAGCUAUAAAAGUUUUAGAGGAAGGUUUAAAAUUAUUAGAAGGCCCAAUGAAAGACCAGUUCGAAUUAGACUGGAUGGUCGAUUUAAAAAAAGGAAAGCUGUUCGCAUUAUUGGGAUACGCCAGAAUGCAAGCCAACGAUGAUGAAGCUUACAACUAUUUUUUAGAAGCCUUGAGAUUGUACAGUAUAAGAUUUCCGAAAAGACCGAGCACAAAAAAAAUUUACAGUACUAUAUUUAAAAUGAAGCAAAAAGUAAAAUAUUACUUAGGACGAACAACUGCAUCUAAAAAAGUGGACGAGGAUUAUGCUGAAUAUAAUAAUAACGUAUCUGAAUGUUUGGGAUUUUUAUGUAAAUACUUUUUAAGUAAAGGAAGAUGGAAUGAAGCGGAAAUGGCAGCAAUGUGGAGCUUAUCUAGAGCAUUGAAGUCAGAAUCGGAUUUUGAAAAAGUGUGCAUAGCUUACGCAAAUUUAAUAUAUGUUCAGUCAACCCUUGGACAAUACAAGUUAAGCAUAUACUUAGAAGUGUUUGCCCUGAGUUUUUGUCAUAGAAAAAAGACACUGGUUGAGGUGGACGAACUCAAAGCACUGGCUCGCCUCUAUUAUGCGAUUUUUAGAGACAGAAUAAGAAGAGCAGAGAUAGAUAAAUGUUUGCACAUUGGUUAUGUUGGACUCAGAUUGGCAAUUUCAUCCCGAACAAAUGAUUUGGUCUUUCGAAUAGUCCCAUUAUUAGCCAUAAUUGUUUUAUAUCGACGGCAAAUUCCAGAAUUCGUUAAUAUGCUGGAAGAGGUUAAAACUUUAAUACCUCGUGAUAAUGAUAAUUCUCAAAAGGCCUGGUACUAUAAUUUAUGCCUGAUGGUCCAUGUAGAAACUGGUCUUACAGCUGAACCUAUUUCUAAUAUUCUAAACUAUAUUCAAGAAGAAGGUUGGGAAACACAGCUACGAGAUCCAGAUGGGAAAAAACAGUUAAUGGUAUUAUUGUGGCUCUGGGAACUGAGAAAUGAAAACUGGGAAUCUGCUGUUGGUUGGCAAAAGACUACUUUCAAUUUUAAUAUCAGAAGGUUAGAAGAAAACACAGUCAACCUUAAAACACUGCUAUAUUUGCUAGAAGCACUUAUUAUCUAUUUGGCUUACAAAAUGGAUAGAAAGCAUUUAUCAGCUGUCGAUAAGGCUAACAAACGUAUUAACGAUAUUUUUGUGACUCUAGAAAAGUUUCACAGAUUUAAAAUUAUUUUACCAAGAUUAUAUCAUAUGAAGGGAUACUAUCGAAUUGUAAAAUAUAAUGAUUAUAAGGGAGCCAUGAAACUAUUAAGAAUUGCAAAGAAACAUGCAGACGCACAUUAUAACGAAAUUGAUGGUGGUUUUAUCAGACAUAGUGAAAUGGUAUGGUUAAAGAAAUUAUCACGGGAAGACGCAGACUUUUGGAAGGAGCAUUCCGUAGAAGAAAAUUUAAUCCCUAUUCGAGACUUUGAGUAUAUGGACAAAUUUAUGCAUUAUUCACUCCCUUUGCCAUUAUACGUAUAAAUUUUUAACUGUAUUUAUUAUAAAUUUUAUAUAUUUCUGUUUAAAAAUAUAUUCGACCU